CUGCGCGCACCACCGGCGGCAUGGCGGCCGAGACCGCUCUGUGACCCGACCCGCCCGCCGAGCCGACACGCGCCCCGGUGCACCAGCGCAGCUCUGCAGAACGUGUAAUGACCGAGGCGGUAUACAACAACAACGCCAGCCAGCCUCCACUUCAGAAGGUCACCGUCGCGCCGUCCUCGGGCCAGCGCAGUCAGGACAGCUGGUGCCAGCCAGACGUCUCGGGCUACAGCGACCGCUCCAUCAACGAGACAGACUUUCUUGGAGAUGUAGACUACGAGUGGCUCUGCGGCUACGGCCGCGGGCCGGCUCGGGCGUCUGCGCCUUUCGGCGCCAAAGGGGGCGAGCCGGCCUGUGAGCCACUGGCCGACCCGCUCUACAGCGAGCUCUCCUAUCAUGUGGACGCCACGCUGGCAGAGGUAGACAUGGAGGAAUACUACCGCGGCGACAUCAACCGCAUACUGGAAAUAUCCGGAUACGGAGAUCAGGAGGAACUCUACGAGGAGGACGAGAAGGAGCACUCGUCGCCGUUGUUCUCCUCGACUCGUGAGCAGCCCGUGUUCAACACCAUCUCGAUGGACUCCCUCGACUGCUCAUCGUAUGAGCCAGAGACAAUCGCGCGCUCCUGCCGCACCAACAUGAACAACUACACGAUCGCGUUCGAGGCCAGCAUGACGGGCAGCGGCAUGGACCACCGUCGUGAGCCGUCUGCCGUGGACAAUGUGCCGGCCUCUGGCCGCUGUCGGAUGUGCCACCACUCGGAGGGCCCGCUGACCACCUGGUCGGAGCAGCGCGCGCGGCCCGCAGCCGCCGCCGACGUCCAGUCCAAGAGCAUGCCGGACGCGCUGAUGAACGCGCCCAUGUCCGGCUCGGUGCUCGUGUACGACGUCAACCAGCGCGAGGCCAGCUCAUCGCUGGUGCGGCUGUUCCUGCGCCAGCGGCCCGAGUGCGGCUCCAGCGGCGGUCAGUCCUCCAGCGAGCUGCUGACCGGCCACAGCGACAGCUGCUCCGACUGCCCCAUGAAGAGCGAGUCGGAGUCGGAGGCGGGCGGCGAGCGGCCGCCGGCCCGACUCUCGCUGCUCGACCCGGUGCCCACGGCGCCGUACCGCCCGCCCCGGACCGCCCCCGCCGCCGGCAAGAUAGACUCAUCGUCCAGCGACUCGUCGGGCCGGAUCAGGGCGAGUCGGCGAGACGGCGUGCGGCUGGUUCCUCAGCGGGUGGACCACUCGAUCCAGACGUCCGUCUCAUUGGCCGGCGCUGCCGAGAGGACAUCCCCGUCCAGCGGAGGACGCACCUCACUCUACGUCUGCUACCCACACUACUCAAUGCCGAACCUGCAGUUCCUGGAGCAGUGUCCGAUCCAGGCGUCUGUGCACCUCUGUCCCACGCCUCCUCCCUCGGCACCCACCCGCACCGACGCGGCCGUACGCCGCAAGACGCGCCGGCCGUACUCUUGCAGCGACGCCGAGACUCUGCGGCGAGCCAACCUGUCACACAUCCGCGACUGGGGUUCGCUGCGGCUGCUGCUGCCGCGUCAGUUCCAGCAGGUGGUCGACGAGCUCGGCUAUGGCUCGUCGGAGGCCGGCACGGCCAGCUCGGCCGGUCGGCUGCACGGCGGGCAGUGCGCAUCCGCCUCGGAGGCGGCGGCGCGCCGGCACACCGUCUGUCCUCACACGGACGCGGCGCCCCUCACCGACUCACAGCGGCGCGGCAUCCUGCGGCGCGGCGGCGCGGCGCGCUGCGGCGCCUGCGCGGCCGAUAAGCGGCUCUCGCUGCAGGAGCCGCUGCAGCAGUGGCUGCACGGAGCGGCCACGUUCGCCGCCAGCAGCGCCAGAGAGCUGGAGAGGAUGUCCGCCGCCGGCACGUCGGCGCGCCUCAGCGACUCGGGCGAAGCCAGCCGCUCAAAGCGGGUCAGCUUCUCCGAUAGCCACCAGGAGAUCGAGCAGGAGCCUUCAACAGGUGACGGGCAGGACGCCAAGAUGCGGCUCGUGUUCGGAGAGCGGUCCGAGUGCGUGGUCAAGGCACGCACGCCAUCACCUUCGCAUCCCAAACGGGUCAUCAUCGUCGAAAAAGAGAGCUUUAAAGGUCUCCUGAAGCCUCUUAUCGAGGCUGUGAACGAGAUCGUGGCGUACUUCCAGUCCGACUCUUCCUCAAACAAACAGGAUGACUCAGUGGGCGACAGUAGCGUGCGGCCGGCCGGCGGGUACCUGGUGCUGGACCGGCUCUGCCCAGCGCUCUACUCCAUCCUCAGCCACGGCCUGGUCACCUCACUCGACACGGCCUUCGGAGAGGUGCCCAACAGCGGCUGGCGACUCGUCGAGUCCGUCACUUCCCUCGGAACGUGCCCGCAGGCUCUGCAAGAUCUAGUGAUGAAGUUAAACAACGAGGAGGGGCUCUCCGAAGGAGUUCUCAAAUUCAAUGCAUUCAUAUUCGGUCUGCUGAACACCCAGUCGCUGGACUCGUGGUUCUCCUAUCUGCGCACCCGGGAGUCGGUGGUGCGCAAACACUACUCGCCCGAGGCGCUGCUUUACCACGCCAACUGCGCGGCGCGCGCCGAGUACGACACGCUGCUCCUACAGCUGCAGCGGCUGGCGCAGCUCUCGUUCCGCAUCGACCUGCUGUUCGAGAGCCGCAUGCUGUACCAGAGCCUGGGCAGGCUGGGCCGCCGGCUGGAGGGUCUGGCCGGCAGCUGGAGCCGCGCGGAGGGCGGAGCGCGCCGCAGGCCGCGGCUCGGACGACCGCGCAGCACGGUGGACGCUGUGGACGGCGGCCAGGAGACGCGAACAGACAAAAAACGGUGGAGCGGUCUGGAUCUGAGCUCCAAGCUGCUGCAGGCGCUGGACGCGAUUCUGUCGGAGAGCGUGGCCAACGACAACGAUAACGAUCGAGACGACUACGACGACGACAACGAGCUGAACGAGGUGGACGAGGAGGAGGAAGAGGACGAAGACGUGGAGAUGGAGGGAGAGAAGCCGAAGCCGCGGACGCCGCCGCCGCCCGCCGCCAAGACGCCCCCGCCGAGCAGCGAGCCCAAACGGAAGCCGGCGGCGGCCAGCCGACUGCGGGCCGGCGCCGAGGCCGCCCCCGCGCCGAAGUCCGGGCUACCGACUCCACGCACCAACAAGGACAAGUUCCACAAGCUGCAGCAGCAAUGGGAGAAGAUGGCCAAGGGCCAGACGCCGUCGUCAAAGCGCGAGUCGCGCAUCCCUCGGCCGGUGUCCGCCGGGCGGACCGCCGCCGCUGACGGCCCCGUCCCCAGGAGGCCGUCCCAGAUCCCCAAACCGUCGUCUGCGGCCGGUGGAGACGCCAGCGGGACGCUGAGGCGGCGUCUGGGUCGGUGUGAGCCCUCGGCCGGAGCCGGCGGGCCCGCCUCGGCGCGCCUGCUCAGCCCCAAGCAGGAGAAGGACGAGGAGAACCGCGCAAAGGGCUCGAGCCGCGCCUCGUCGGCCGGCGCCCGGCAGCGGCAGCGACAGCGGGCAGCCGUCGAACACGACUCGUCGCCCGCCGACGGAAAACAGCCAACGAAAAGGGUGCGCUCUCUGGCGCACUACCACGCCUCGGACCGCAGCUACCUAUCCUACAACCGGCACGACGCCAUGAGCGUGGUCGGCGUCGUCGACAAGGACUGGCUGCUCUGCGCGCGCAACGAGCGCGUCGGCCUCGUCGCCCGCAAGAACGUGCUGGACGUGCUGUAGGCGGCGCGCGCGACUCGCCGGGCGCUCCCGGUCACUCCUGUGGGCGCUGAGUGCCGCGGAGUGGCCGGGACGAGCCCCUGCGGUGUGCCGCCGGCCGCGCCCAGCGGACACUCCGGCCGCUCUCCGCCGCCGGCGCCGAGCCGCCAGGACGAGUCCGACAGGGCGACGGCGGCCAGGUUCAAACCUCGUGGCCAAAGCUUCUCUCCGUGUGCGCUGUGUCGAGGGCGGGGUGCGCGCUGCGCUGCCGUCUCCGUGGUCCCGUGUCGAGUGUGUGUGUCUGUUUCUGGCCUCUGUGACGGGGGGCGGCUCCGACGCGGCUGGGCUGAGUAUGACGUGUGGUGAUGUCACCGGUACGCCCACUGACGUCGGUGAGAGGCGGACUGAGUCGCGGCGACGGAUGGCUCGGUCGGUGGUCGCGCGUUUCGUUCCCUCACGGCCGGAGCGAUAUACGAGCUCCGGCGCAUCGUAGAGCGUAGCUAGGUGCCCAGCUGGCGGCGGCCUCUCUUCAUCGUGCGAUCGAGCGCGGGGGAGGACGGGAGACUUUUCCCACACAGCCGCGGCGGCACCGGGGCCCACUGUGCAAUCCGCCGGCUCGGCCGGUCUCGCAGUUUUGUUUUGUAGCGCGGCGUCACUUACCUGACGUCGCAGUGAUCUCCUGCAUUACGUACUCACCGACACGGAUCUCAGUGGAUCUCGGAUCUCAGUGGAUCUCGACUGUCCCCGCCCCCAUUAUGGUCCGUUUCUCUGUAACACCUCCCCCGGUCUCACUGUAUAACGAGCCGCCAGGUAGUCACCCGAUCUCCGCAUAUCUUCACGACUGCGCUCCACUUUAUUUUAUGCCGUUCCAAGUGCAAUCGAUAGAAAAUACAUAUACAUUUCAAAGCAUAACCAAAUGGUGGUGUUUACAUUGAUCGGUGAUUUUAAAAGUGAGCUUAAAAC